GCGUAUGCGAGCCGCCCUGCGCUUCUCCAGCCUGCUCUCCCGCCCAUCACCCUGCAUGGCCCUGGCCGCAAAACGGCAGAAGAUGGACGCUGCAAUCCCCUCCAAUGGCGGCCUGAAAAUCGGCACACACAGCGGGAGCUUCCACUGCGACGAGGCGCUGGGCGCCUUCCUGCUCAAGCAGACUGCCAAGUUUGCGGGCGCCCAGGUGGUCAGGACGCGAGAACCGGAAGUCAUCAAGACGCUGGAUGUGGUGAUCGACGUCGGGGGCGUGUACGAGCCAGAGGCGCAGCGGUUUGACCACCACCAGCGCGGCUUCGGAGAGGUGUUCGGCCACGGCUUCAACACCAAGCUGUCAAGCGCGGGCCUGGUGUACAAGCACUAUGGGCGUGAGAUUGUGGCAUCCGCCAUGCAGCUGCCGGCUGACCAUGCCGACGUGGAGGCUGUGUAUCUGGCGGUGUACAAAAACUUCAUGGAGGCGAUCGAUGCCAUCGACAAUGGCGUCAACCAGUGGGACAGCGAGGGUCCGCCCAAGUAUGUCAACAACACCCACCUGUCGGCGAGGGUGGGGCGCCUGAACCCAGACUGGAAUGAGGACGCCUCGGAGGCGGCCACGAUGCGGCAGUUCCAGGCGGCCAUGGAGCUGACGGGGAGGGAGUUCACAGAGGCGGUACAGUACUACGCCAGGUCCUGGCUGCCGGCGCGGACGCAUGUGAAGGAGGCCCUGGAGCAGCGCGCGCAGGUGCACCCCUCAGGGCGCAUCAUGAAGCUGAACACCUUCUGCCCCUGGAAGGAGCACCUGUACGUGCUGGAGGAGGAGAUGGGCGUGGCAGGGGAGGUGCUGUACUGCCUGUACGAGGACGACCGUGAGAAGAAGUGGCGGAUUCAGGCGGUGGGGGUGGCCCCCGGCAGCUUUGACAGCCGCAAGGCGCUGCCCGUGGCGUGGCGGGGCCUGCGGGAUGCGGAGCUCAGCGCCGCCACCGGCGUGCCGGGCGGCGUGUUUGUGCACGCCUCUGGCUUCAUCGGCGGCUGCAGCACGCUGGAGGGGGCGGUGGCCAUGGCGACCCUGGCGUUGGACAUGGAGUGAGGGGGGGCAGGCAGGCUGCAGCUCAGGCCUGGCUGGCAGCGGCGGCCGUUGCCUGGAGCGGAGCAGCUUGACGCGGCGCUGCUCUUUAGUGCAGCAGAGAUGGGAUGCGUUGCAUUUCGCCACGGUUUGCAUGACGCCGCCUAUACUGACAUUCUUUGGUGUGAAUGGCUCAAGGCGCUU